UGGGCGAGCGGACGAACAUGGGCGAUCCGCGGGACGUUCAAACAUCCAUACAAAACGGGAGCUCCAGGUCGUUAUUUUUGGCCGGUUCCGCGGUGGAUAUGGAGAUUAAACGGAAGAAAAUACGACAGAGUACUUUAUUCCUGCAAACAGAGGCAAAGAGCAUGCAGCGAUGCCCUAGUCUUCUGAACGACACUCUCCAGAUAGUGGAGGAUAUGAAUUUGUUGUACAUACGGCAGAUUUCUAAGAAGCUACAGACCACUAACAUACAAGAGAAGCUUGACUUUGAGAUGCGAAUGCGAGAGGGAGCCUACAAGCUGCUGCUCGCUUGCAGUAAGAGAGAACAGGUACUAAACGCUUCCAAGAACCUGUUUACCUGCAACGCCCGGAUAAAGGCAUAUCUCACUCAGCUGCAGAAGAAUAAAGAGGACGAGAACAUGAUGGGGGGAGCUGGAAGACCUUCAGAUCCAGUUUCAGGUUACCGUUUGCCCUGUAAUGGGACAAUUGCUUUGUCUGGCCUGCGCAUACCUUUGAUGUGGAGGGAUUCAGACCACUUUAACAACAGAGGGAGUUCCCGCAGGGUGGCUGUGUUCUGUCUGAUGCAGAUUGGCUCAGAAGUGUUUGACACUGAAAUGGUUGUGGUGGACAGAUCAGUCACCGACAUCUGCUUUGAGGGAGUCACCAUCUUUAAAGAAGCAGUUCCUCAUUUUGAGCUGAAGGUGGAGCUGUGGAGCUGUGCGCUAGAGGAGGAGCUCACGUUGGUCAACACGCCAAAGAAACUGGCUAAGAAGCUCCGCAGCUCCUUUGGAAAGAGCACUGGGAGGAAGCUCUGCUCUCUGCUGGACACUCCAGACCCUGACACCUUCCUACAGCACAACCCAAUACCAUCUGGAACCAAGUACAGCCUGUUGGCCUACACAACACUGUGUCUGCCCGAGGCUGAAGGCAGCUUUCAGUCUCACUCCCUUAUUGUCCUCCAAGAUGCUGAGUGGUCAUCUUGGCUUCCACUUUAUGGUAACCUCUGCUGCCGGUUAGUGGCUCAGCCUGCCUGUAUGACACAGACCAUGAUGGCCGGUUAUCUCAGCCAGAAGCAAAGUGUGGAAGGCAUGAACCGCUGCUGCAGUCUUUAUUGCGUGCUGAGUGCUGGCUUUUUGUCCUGUUUCUUCACCCCAGAAGAGAUUGAUGCUAAAGUGCAACCCAUUCUCAAAGUACCCAUUAACAAGGACACCCGAAUCCGUGUGUUGGAGAAGGAAUCAUCAGGCCACAGAUCCAGGAGUCUGUCCAUCAGUAACCCUUCACCAGAGGGAUCUCAGACCACCGUCUUAACCACAGACACCAGGGAACAGAUGGAGGACUGGGUGGACGCCCUUCACCAACACCUUUAUGACCAGAGUCAGUGGAUGCACUGCUGCGAGCAGCUAAUGAAGAUCGAGGUCGCGUCUCCACGGAAACCAUCGCUCUUUCUCGCCAAGCAAGCAGACUCUGUUUACAACGACCUGAGUAUAAAUUCACCUGGUAAGUUUGAGAGCAUUACUGAUAUUAUCCACAAUAAAAUUGAGGAGACAGAUGGACGCUUCCUUAUUGGCCAUGAAGAGGAGAAAGAGGCACCUAACUGGUCCAGUCUGUUUGAUGGGUCCCAUUCAGUGGUAGUGCAGAAGGGUAUUCUGUCCCAGAGCAAAACCUCCACCCCUUAUUCAAGCCCCAAUCCCCACAACAGCAGCUCUACCACCAACAGCAACAAGAAACGACGUGCUCCACCUCCUCCCCCUGACCGAGAGCCUUAUGUUCCUCCCACUCGUCCAGCCAGACCUCCUCCCCCUGCCUCUGUUCAUCAGUACCCUCCUUCCUCAUACCAGGAGAAGGAGAAUUCCAGCACUAGCACUUCACAUCCAGCCACAAGGUCCAAAACAGGCAGACCAUCUCUGGAUGCCAAGUUUUCUGCCAUCAUCCAGCAGCUCCAGCGGAAUAAUGCCGGAGGAGCCACCGCCCUAAGUCGAAAAAAUGCUCCUCUGGGUGUGCUCAGUGUACACCAACAAGGUCAGCCCCAGCCACCCCUCCAACAGCUGGACUACCAAAACCACCACACCCAGACCCCUGAGGCCACAGCUGAUCAUGGCUUUGUCAGAGCCACUGAUGGUCACGGUCCUGUUCCUGCACCACGGAGCAAACUGAGGAAGUCUUUCAGAGAGAGGAUGAACCUUAAAGUGUUGUAACCCCAACCUUAGACCACAUCUAUAGUAAGCUAACCUUACUACUAAUGCACAUAACUCUUACACUUUUGCAACUGAGCUGGGUAACAAUGAUAAAAUCACAUAUGGCAAUAUUUGAUGCAAGCGCUUCAUCAUCUGUGAUGAUAUUUGGGCUUGACUGUUGGUGUGGUCUUUUAAGAGAAUACUUUAUCAUUUUGGAAAUGUGAUUUGCUGACAGUUUGAUUGGAAAAAAUUCAAUACUACUCUCAUAUCUGUACAGUAAACAAGAAGCUUGAGCCAGGAGAAUUAGUUUAGAUUAGGAAGGUUACAAAGCUGUGGAAAUGCAAAGACUCACUUUCUCCGCAGGUAACAAUUCUGUUUACCUGCACAUUUGUCUAUAUCAAAUAUUUUAAAUCUGAAAAAUAAUGUGUGAAGGGAGGGUUAUGUCAGAAGCAGUGACUCACUGGGAUGGUCAUGACACAGCUUAGCGAGGUUACUCUAGCACAAAAUGCACAAUAAAACUGUGAGUGGUUAUUAUAACACUUUUUUUUUUUUUUUUAGCUAGAACAUGUUAAUAAUUAGCUUUAGAUGUGAGUGUAGGUACCUUUGGACACAGACAAACGUUCAGUCUUAAGCUCGGUUAUCUCCUCAGCUCCAGUUUCAUACUGACCACCCAACUCAACAGUGCAAAGCAUAAUUCCAAAAAUGUUUAAUGAUUAUUUGCUAUAAAGGGUGGGUGGAUGAUGGCCCCACAUUUCAGUUAACACCUUAUAUUGCAAUAUCAGGAUUGUGUCUAUGUAUUUCCUGCUCCACUUUCCAAUUCUAAACCUUUCGUGUGCAGCUAAUCCAUAGAUGAAAUUAAAAGCUGAAUGCUGGCUUGAGCACCACUACUACCAUCAUCAAUCCCACUAAAAUGAAAAAGCUUAUUUCUUUGCUCUGCCACUGGAACAUAGACUGAAAAAAGAGCCUUUGAAAAAGCACCCAAAUUGGAAUUGAUCCAUUGGCCAACUGUGGAUGAGUCAUUCCUUUUGGAACUAUUGACUUAUUCUACUUACUGUGAUGACUUUAUGACCAUAAUAGCUGAUUUUAAGGAACAGAAUUUUAAGAGCAAUUGCAAGCACUAAUGUGACAUUCCCUCGAGGUCUUAAUAAUGGAGUGACCUUGGUGUUCAGUGGCUACACAGUCUGUCCAACAUAAUUUAACACUACAGCCUAUAUAUGCUAUGAACAUUAUUGAAUGAAUGAGCCUUUUGAGUGGCUGAAAUAAUAAUAAAUGCCCUUGUGUGUGUGUGUUUUGUACAUAUCCAGUACUGCCAGCCGCUAAAUAUUUCAGCCACUUAGCGAUAUUGUGUUGAAGAAUGGCCAUCAUAAUUACACAUAGUGUACAAAACAUUUGACUGAGCUACCUUCACAACCCAGUUGAAGCAUUGUAGUGAAAGCUACAGUCCCUGUUUUCUUAAAUCUCAUCCUCCAUAGUCUGUUUAAUUUAGAGGGGGAGAUGUGGAGUUAGGGGGAGGUGGCUUACAGGAGGGUUUAACCCUUAAAAAAAAAAAAGGGAAGUGUACAAAAGACAAGGCAGCUCUAUUAUAGCAGUAUGUUAAAUGAUUUUUUUUAUUUUUUUUUGUGCAUUUGGUGUGUAUUACUGAUGCAUUAGUCACUUUGAUCUUAUGCUGUAUACAGUAUAAGCGAGGGCUCAAGGCUAAAACUGCACACCACCAGUUUUCACUGACAAUAAUAGUGGUUGUGUCUCAGACUCCAUGAAUAUCACCAUAAUUAAAUUGCACAUCCUACAUUCCCAUCAGUAUCUGGACCAUUUUCAGUUAGACUAGGCAUGCUUGAAAAAUGCGAAUAAGCACCACUAGCAGAUAUUAUGAAAGCUGUGUUACUUGGACAACUGACUGUGUAGCCCUGGGGAAGUUAAUUGCAUGAAACGUCAUGACUUUAUUAGAGCCAAAUGUGCGUGCAUUAAUUUGUAGUUUUUGUAUUGUUUUUUUGAUCAAAAUACUCUUAAUUCUUUAUAUUAGUGUUAUCCUGUCAUCUCAAUGUUGCUUUUGGCAUAUUAAUCGACUUUUAGUGGAACUGAUUUUUAUGUAAUACAAAGUAGCAGUUCAUUAAUCUUGUGCUUGUGUGAUGUAAUUUGUGUAUAGUGCAAUGUUGGAAAAAAAAAUACCGUAGUUAAUAUUUCUCAAAAGGUGCAAUUUUCUUCUAACUCUGUUGUCUUGGAAGC